AUGGAGCAGAAGUCGUUGUGCUGCAGCUCCAAGGACUCUGAGGCAGGAGUGGCUGCGGCGGCGGCAGCCGGUAGGGUGGACUUGAGGAAGACUGGGGGAACCCCGUGGGUACGGAAUCGGCUGGCUGGCUCCCCUGGCACUUUCCCCCUCCGCCAAAACUUUGGGUUGAGAGAGGUGGGGGCCGGGAAGAAGGCGGGGGCUCCGAGGCAGUGCCCCGCAAGCAGGAGGCUGCGGGCUGACCUGGGGAGUACCUCGCCAGCUGGUGCCAGGCUGCGUUUGCAACUAGCUCCUCUCGGCACACAGGCAGCGACGCCCAAGAAGGGUAGGGAGCCGGGGCGCGGGCUGGAGCAGCCCCAGGAAAACAACAACAGAGCUCUCACGCCGGUGGCGGCUCUGGGCCAAAGAGGGAGCCCCAAAUUUCAUCGGGGCGAAAGUCACUGUCAUAUGACAAAGGCUUUGCCGCAGUUCAUUUUCCUCCCUGUGUACUUUCCAUUUGCCUUCUUGGAGACAGAGUCUCACUUUAUGGCCCUUGGUGGAGUGCCAUGGCCUCACGCAGCUCACAGCAGCCUCCAACUCCUGGGCUUAAGUGAUUGUCUUGCCUCAGCCUCCUGAGUAGCUGGGACUGGACUACAGGAGCCCUCCACAAUGCCUGGCUAUUUUUUGGUUGCAGCUUUGUCCGGGGCCGGGUUUGAACCCGCCGCCCUCGGUAUAUGGGGCCGGCGCCUUACCGACUGAGCCACAGGCGCCGCCCAGAAAUUGUUUUAAGUAGUCUCAACAAUCAUUUAAUAUAUUUGAGUAUUAAAAUUAAGUAGCUUUUGUAUUUACUAACUUUAAGGUUAUAUUUGCUGGGAACAACUUCCUGCUUUGCUAAACUUUAAUUUGCCAUGCCUUUUUGAUCUCAGAUAAAUUUAUAAGCUCUGUAUAUUUUGAAAAUGGCUUUGUACCUACUUUGAUCUACAGUGGUAUUCGAAAUAGAUUCAUGAUUCUUUAUUUAAAGAGCUCUGACAACCAAAUGAAAAGUUGUUUGUUUGUUUUUUCUCCAAAAGUUUCGUAUCAAAAUUUAUUCGGUAACAAAAACUAACCCAGACUUUCAUGAGACUGUUUGAAGUAGUUUUUAAGUCCACUUAGGAAGGAAUAUUUUUAUAUAUUUUGCUAUAGAAA